AGAAACACUAUCAAUUAAAAUCAAGAAAAUGGAAAAUUUAGAUGGAAAUGUUGACAUUGUUACAACAUCAUCAGAGGAAUAUGUUCCUAAUAUUUGCGAACAUUGUGACAGUGAUGGAAAGCGCGCUGAAGCCGACGGGUUUUGUGUUGAUUGCAGUGAAUAUUUGUGUAAUUGCUGUUUGUUGUACCAUACGAAGUAUAAACCUGAACAUUCAACUAAAAGAAAGGAUGAAAUGCCCCUGGAUGUACGUUUUGAGAAAUGUUUGAAGCAUCACAUGAAACAAAUGAAGUAUUUUUGCACGGAAUGUAAUAACUUCGCAUGCGCAGAAUGUAUAACAAACGAAGGUUGUAAUCACGAAGACGGAUGUCGAAAUAAAACAUGGACAUCUCUUUACAAAGUUGCUUGGGAAAACAAGGUAUCGAAAACACAAGUUGACACGAAACUUGCUGAAGCAACUGAUAAACUGGCAAACAUUGAAGACACAAUCGAUAAAUUAACGACAAAAAGGAAAGAUAAAAUUCGAGAAUCUAUAAAACAACACAGACAAAACUUGGAAAGUAAGAUCAAAGAGCUUGAAUGUCAUUUCCUAAAGAAAAGUGAUGAGAUUGAAAACACUUUUAAACCUUCGAUAGAUUCUCUGUCGUGCAACGUUCAAUCUAUGAAAACUAUGUUACGUUCUGUGGAGUCUCAAUCGGACAACUGUUGCUCAAACUUUACUGCCGUCAAAAACAUAGACCGGAUCAUUGCUCCAGUCGAGAAGGGUCUUGAAUGCUUAAAGAAUCAAACUGAGCUUAUGAAAUACGAAUUCAAAGCAAACAAAGGCCGCAUAGUUGACAAAUCUGACUUUGGAAACAUAUUGUUCUCAGAAACUUUCCUGACAAAAACAGCUUGUUAUAAGCAUGAUAUUGAUGUUGAUCUGUCUUAUUUAUGGUUAAGUCCUACAAACAUGAGUCAUUUAUUAAUCAAAGAUGAUUGCAUCGUUGUUGUAGCAUACAUGCGUAAUGCGAUUGUGUUGGUUGACCCAAUCCGGCGAAAUGUUUUAUCAAAAUUAUUUAUGUCAUCAAGUCCAAUGAGUGCAGUAUCCAUUAAUGGGACUAGAGUAGCAGUAUCUUUCCCACUUGAUGGCAAAAUCAAAUUCUUUGACAUUAUGAACUCAGAAUUUGUCGAUAGAAAGGAAGACAUUGAAGUCGGAAAGGAUUGCUACAGUCUGGCGUACAGCAAAAGUCAAUGUUGUUUGUAUGUGUCACAUAAUGAACCUACAAGCAAAAUUACAAUACUCAAUAAAAGUGGUAAAGUAGUUAGAUUACUGGAUAGAGACUAUUUUGGAAACAAGUUGUUUACGGAUCCGAGAAGUAUAAUUCUAAGCUUGGACGAAGAAUCGCUCUAUGUUUCUGAUGCACAUAGAAAUGUGGUGAUCAAAAUACAUUCCGAUGGUAGAAUUGGAGCUGUGUUUAAGGACAAGGAACUAAAUAGCCCCAGAGGAUUAGCGAUAGAUGAACAUGGAACGGUUUUUGUUGCUGGCAGGAAGUCAAACAAUAUUUUUCAAUUAACCUCGGACUUGACAAAAAUAGGAAUCCUAGUUGGAUCGAAAGAUGUAUAUGGGCCUUUGAGUAUCGCAAUUGAUAAGCAUACAGGGAAAGAAUGUUUAUACGUGGGUAUGGUAGAUAAUACUAAAAUCAAAACAUUCGAAAUCAGAUGCAUGAAACAAACUAUACUUUAAGCAAAAAUCAAAGAUAUAGGUCUAGUAUUAUGGUUUGCUGACAUCGUCUUUUAACGGACAUGUGUUAUGAGUCAACUUUGUUUUUGUAAAUUACCUUAAGCACCAUUUUAGUAUACACUUAUGGUCUGGUAAAACCUGAGCGAAACAAAUUAAAUGGCAUGUCACACUGUCACAUGUGGCAUGUGUGUACGUGCAAAAGUGGUAACUUGUUUAAUGUUUGAUGUAGAAGCACAAGUUUUAUAAUAUUUGUUUAAAGUGACACUAUAUGAGAGAAUAGUUAAACAUUCAAUAAUAUUAACACCUUUUAGUAAACAAAAAUAUCAAAGACUACUGAUUAGUAGGGACAUACUCUAUAAUGUCCUAUUUAUGGAGUAAGUAUCUUUCUAAGCUUUCUUAUUUAAGUGAAUAUAUUGCAUCUUUUUUGACCGUGUUUUUGUAGACUGCUAUGGACUUAAAAACUUAUUUACAAUCUUUUCUCCUAUUUUGAGAAUUUUCGUUUAAAGAAUUUUGAACGACCACAUUGAAAUUAAUUGUAAAUAUAUAAAUUAAAUGUCUUAUUUUAACUUCCUUGAGCCUUUAAAGGCAACUACCCGUAUUUACAAGUUGCUCCAGAAAAGGACUCAAAUGAUUAGAAAUAAUUUAUUUUUCCACGGUCAUGUUAUAUGCUAUUGAUAAUACUUGAAGGAAUUGUUGGACAACAAAUGUUUAAUUACUUUUAUUUGGAUAUGCAUGGAUUUCACAAACUGUGAUUAAAAAUGUUUAAAAAUUUAUUGAAAAUUGUCGUACUCAGAACCAACAUGAUAAUGUUAAUUUAUGCCCGUCGCGUUUCUCAUAAGUAAAUACCAAGAGUUUGUGAAGCUUGAAAGACACAAAAAUAAAACAACGCAAUUGCAUAAGUUGUAUAUGGACUUUUAUUUUAAGCCGAUAAAUGGAUAACAUUUUACAUGUACAUUUUUUAUGUCUUAACUAAUAACUUAAGUCGCGCCGACUUAUAUUAUAACCAAUUUGAGAGUUUGCUUUUUGUCUAUUUAAAAGCCAUUAAAACAUUAAAUUGCUUAAUCAAAGUUCAGAUGUUCAACAUAGAGAUAGGCAGACAUUUAAAUAUUUCACACAAUGAUCGUUUAUGUGCUACUUGCUUAGAAAGGAACAUUAGAUGUAUAGAAUGUGAAUAUCAUGCAUUUGCAACUGUUGUAAAUAUACCGAUGUUAGAAAUGUAUAUCUAUUUAGCUGGUAUAAUUCUGGAACUAGUGUAGAAAACUUCUGUUAUUUGUUAUCAGUUAUCCACCUAUAUCAAUCAUCGUUUGGAAUGUAUUAAAAGUAGUAGAUAACGUCAUACACUCGUAAAUAUUAAAUUUUUAUUAAUAUUAUAUUGACAUAACCAUAUAAAAAUGCUGUUUUUAUUGUUUGAUAUAUAUUUUGGACCAGAAGCCUUAAAUUAUGAAAGAAAAAGUUGAGUCUUAUAUUUAAAGAUAUACUAUGCUCAUCGUUGAGUAAAAUAUGUGAAUCGCAGAAAAUUAUUGAUAUCUGUGAAAUUCUUUCUAUUUGUCUAAUUUGAAUAAAACAACGAAUAAACUAUGUAUGGGAAGCUGCGUUCCCUUUUACAUGUCAAGAAAAGUUGGUCUUUUCUUAACCAAAAAAAAAAUCGCAGAUUUUUAAUAACAGUUAUAAUACUAUAAUUUCAUAUUGUGACCACCUAUUAGUGUGUAUAAUUUUAAAAUUUCUACUUUGUGUGAAGUCGAUAAUGUUUAUUUAAUAUUCACAAAGAGACAGUGUAGCAAUUACUAAUAUUUUCUAAUAUCAGAUUUGAGUAUAGUCUGUAGUAUUGUUGUGCUUACGUAUGAAGAAAAGUCCAUGCAUAAAUAACACAGUUAUAUUUCAUUAUCGCACAAAUCAAGCAAAAUUCAAUCAUUUUGGCCUUCAAGUUCUGAGUCAUUGAUGAUUGAAGGCACAAAUCAAUUUGAUCUACCUAAAGCUCUUUUCCAAAAGAUUAUUUAAUCCAGUUAUGAAGAUACUCCAUUUAUAAAUUACAAAGUUAUAGCCAAUUGCAAAAUUCAAAACUUUGACAUUGAGUGAUUUACAAUUCAAAUUGACAAAGGGUACUUAUUCAUAUUGGAUUUUGGUUACGAAAAAUGAUCCUUUGUUCAAAAUAAGAUAAAUAAACGGCCCCCUGAGUAGCCUUUAAGGUGAAACUAUAGAACAUAUCUUUUGGGAAUGUAUUCACAGCAAUAAAUCAAUGCACUAAUUUUGUAUAGAUAAACUAAACAUGCCAAAAUUGAAUAAAGAAACCAUGCUAUUUGGUUACACUAACGGAAACCAAAAAAAUGUGAACAAGAUAUAGUUCUUCAGUAUAUCAAAAUGUAUAUUUUUACAUGUCAAAACAAUAGUAACAAUGCUAUCUUUUGCUGGAGCAAUAAGUUAUAUUUCAUAUGUUCUUAAGGUAAAUUAAGCAAACUUUAUCAAAUGUGGGUAUCUUGACCAGUUUUAGAAAGACUUGGAUUUAAAUACAUGUCAAUACUCAAAGUAAUAAUAGUUUCCUACCCAGUUUUUUCCUAUUCUGACAGUGAUAAUAUGAAUUAGCAAAAUAUAUUUGAUAUGUGGAUGUUUGGAGCGGCCGUUGUCAUCUAGCAUUGAGUAUACUUUUAAUUACUAAGAAUAAAUUCAUAUUGAAGUAUAUUUCUGCACUGGUCAAAAGUGUAUCUUUGAUGUUUUGUUGUGUUAUAUUGUUUUCUUUUGUAAAUAUUCCUUUCAUUAUCUCUUCUAUCCUCAGACCUGGCAACUUACCCCAUUUAGUAAUGUAACUUAAAAAGUUGCUAUGAGUACCCCAAAUAAAUUGUGCCCCGUAAAAACUGUUUUGUAGUGAUAUUUUCUACUUUUUUACCUUAUGACCUCCUUGACAUAUUUAUUUUUUCUAAUAAAUGUGUGCAGUGUUUUACAUAUGAUAUUUCUAUGUCAAAUUAUAAUACUUUUUAUUUUUAUGCUUUUGAUAGUAAUCCAUUGAAAAUUUCACAGUGAAAAUGAUCAGAAUAUAAUUUCACACUUUUCAAUGAACAGACUACUUUUAAAAGAAGAUUUUCUGCAUGUGGUACAUGUACCUCUCUUUUGUUUGUGCUUAACAUUCCGACAUUGUCAGGGUUGUUUAGAGAAAAGCAAAGCUGAAAUUAAUAAUUAAUUUAAUUUUCAAACGUUCUAAAAAGAUAAAACCUUCUUCACCAUUGGCCAUAUAUCGUCUCUAAGUUUUGAUUUCAUUUAAACAGUCUGAAAAAUAAACUUCCUUCCACAUGACAUUUCGGCAUAUUUUAGUAUCCUAUGAGCAAUAACUGUAAUGCAAUGUGAAAAGCAAUGACAGUCACCACCCCCAAAAGAUAAGUUAACAACCCAACGUUCAUAAGACAGCCUUAAAAAAUCCAUGUUUUCCAAAUUCUACAUGCCAUUAUUAAGAUUUAUUCUUAAUUUCCAUCAAAUAUUUUAGUUCUUUUAUGAAAAAUAGACUCUUAAGUGCAAUAGUUACAGUGGCGUCAACUGGAUUUGGACAUUGGAUUGUUAACUUUUACCUGUUAUCUCUUACAGUGGAUUUAGGAGGGAUUUCCCCUCCUAAAGACUUAAAAUCUUUUAAAUGACGCUUUUCCCACACUUUCUAAUGAUUUUAUGAUAGCGUUUUAAAAAUUAUUAACGGUAUUCUUCAUAUUUUGUUUACUUAUGAUUUACGUUAUCGAGUUGCUCACGAAAAUAAUGCUCAGUGAACUUAUUUUGUUAUUGGAGCGUUCUUUUAAAAAACAUUUUUCAAGCACUCGUCGUACUUUGGAAAAGUUUAUCCAGCAAGAUGGUAUCUCCAAAAAACUGAAGGGUGGGGUAUAUUUGAGGGUAAAAAGUAACUGUUCAAGGUCCAUAACUCCAACAUGGAUUUUAUCAUAAUCUUUUUAUCAUCGAAAAAUAUACAUUACUACGGCUCUCAUUUUACUUUCAAGCACGGAAAGUCGAGCAAGUUGUCCAACUGACACUCUUAUUAUGAAUAUGCUUUAGAAAUGCUUUUAUUUUUAUUUAUCGAAAAUUUAUUUAUUUUCGGUGAUUUGUGAUUUUUUCCAAAAGAUUACUUAUGGGCCAAUAACUUAAACCAUCUUUUCCUUAUAUUAGUUAUAAAAGAAGGUAAAAAUAGAAAUAUUGAAAGAAACCAACAAUUCUGUACAAAAUGCAAUAUGAAACAAAUUGAAACUGAAAUUGAAAAUCUUUUUUAUUGGUAUAUGUAUGUCCAUGUUUACCUAGAUAAUAUUGCUCAUGACCUACCCAGAUAAAUUCAUAUCAAUAAAAAAUGUACAAACAAAAUUGUAAUUGUUGACUUAGCAAAAUAUCUUUAAUCAGCAAUGCAACUAUGAAUUGAAUCUACUUAAAACAUUUGUUCGAAUUAUUGUACACUGAAACAUAUGUAGAUUUUAUAUUUAUAAGUUUUAAUGUUAAAUUCAUAAUGUAUAAUUCAUAAUGUAUCUUACUGUUCUCUACAUAUACUACUCAAAAUUUGCUAAGAAUCACUUUUUCUACAGUGCGUUACUUUUGUGUAAUUGUAAUAAAUGUGAAAAUUGAUUAAAAGGAAUUAAGUAUAAUUAGUUAGGUUAGAGUUAGGUGUACAUGACAAAUCGAUAACUUAAGUACACACGAUUUUGAGGUCCCCAAGGUGUAUCGUUAGCGGAAAUAUGAUUUCAAUAUGAUGAUUAUAGGACUGAAAUAUGCAAUGUCAAAAAGGUGAUCCGUAGCAU